AUGUUACGGAAUCUGUGCUGUGUGAUUCUACUCAUCAUCCAGAGGGAUACAGAAAGUACACGUGUGAUUGGAGGACGCAUGACUGUGGUACAGGGAGAGGAUGUGGACUUAUCCUGCAGACUGACAGAGACGACCGAGGAUCUCGAACAGAUAACAUGGCAGAAAAGUACUUUGGAAGAAACACAGAACCAUAAUUUUAUGCUGAUUUAUCCCAAUGGGGGUACUAAGUUUAUUGCACCAAAUGGAUUGAGUGGUAGAGUCCAGUUUAUUGGGAACCCAUCAGAAAACCUUGGAUCUAUUCGAAUAACAGCUGUCAGACUGUUGGAUGAAGGCACCUUCACAUGUAUCUUCAGUGUUUUCCCCAGUGGAGCAUACAAUACAGAGAUACCUCUGACUGUGCUUGUUCCUCCACUAGUGGAUGUGACAGUUGAUGUUCCUCCUCUCAUUGGGGAGAAUGAGGUUAUCUUGGCAACCUGUGUGGCUGCUGGUGCUAAGCCACAGGCAGAUGUGAGAUGGAAGACAGGUGCAUUGGGCAGUUUGUUCAGGACAGUGACUAACUCCACCCAGCACACCAACGGAACCACCACAGUACUCAGCCACCUGCUCGGGGUGCCAACCAGAGCAGCAAAUCAGCAGCAGGUCCAGUGUGUGAUCAACCAGUCUGCCCUGGUAACAGAGAAGACCUACAACUACAGCAUAAACAUCCACUGUAAGUAUAAACUCACUGUAGCUGCUAUCUAG